AUGGUUUACAAAGAUCACAAGCUUUACUUCCUCCUACAUACUGGUCGACGUAGUCAUAGUACUGGUUUUAUCAAAAUAUUCGAUUUCUCCCAAGAGAUUCCGCAAGAGACUUUUCACUGUGGUGUUACCUCCGACACCUCUCCACUUGUACUUGAUCCAACAACAAGCGAUUUAGAUCCAUGGCGGGUUUGGGCGACAAAACUUGUAGUCACAGUAACCGGACAUGUCCUCAAGGUUGUAAAAUUGUUCAAGCCUGGACAAGGUGGAGCUUUGCGUCUUUGGUCUUUCCGCGUCUACAAGGUUUGUUCAUCAGGUUUCUCUAACAAGUAUGCUGAACCGGUUGCUUCUUUGGGCCACGAGGCAAUGCUUUUUUAUCUUGGCUUUACUGUGCUCGCUGAUGAUGGCCUUGUGGGUUUUAAGAGAAACUCCAUCUACUUCAAUGUUGUUUGUCAGAUGUUUCACACUACUCAAAUGUGUGUCUUUAAUCUCGAGACACAGGAGAUGGAGGAGCCACUGCCCAAGUUUGUUUGUUCGUCCUGGCAACAACGCGUCAGAUCUCGAUGGUUCCUACCAAGUUUCAAGCAGACAUAG